AUGAAUGACCUAAAUUAUAACGCUGGGAUGAGUUCCUAUCAAUUCGUCAAUUCCUUAGCCUCGUGCUAUGGAAACCAAGCGCCAGGACGCACAGGAACACCAGUCGAACAGACUGGGCAUCCUGGUCUGCCCACACCAGGGGCUGAUUACUAUAACCCAAACGCGGCAGCAAGUGCAUACCCAAAUGCGUGCUAUUCGCCGCCACAAGUCGGUCACCAUUACCCUCAGCAUCCUUACGCAACACCAGCUACAGGAGCACACAUGCAACCUCAAUCAAUGAUAGAUUAUACACAGUUACACCCACAAAGACUGGGCAGCACAGCAAGUCAUAUGCACCAGCAUUCAAACCCAAGCCCUGGGGCGCUAUCGCCCAAUCUUUUGUCAGCGGCUAGUCAAGCUGCUAAUGCUAGUUGUAAAUUCGCUGAUUCAACUUCUACGACAGGCGUAGCAUCGCCCCAGGAUUUAUCAACGUCAUCAGGGCCGGGGAGGACAUCUCCUGGCUUCGGUGUUGGUCAGAACACUGGCAACACUAGCACCAAACUAGGAUUGUCCACACCAAUUGCAUCGCCAGUUGAGCAUAAGGCCAAUGUGAACCAGAAUAUCUCGAGUCCAGCGUCCAGCACUUCGAGUAUUGACAGCAAUGAUGCCAACACCUCAAGUUCCAGUAACACGAAAAAUGCAAAGUCUUCGGGAAGUUCCCAAGCUAACCCUCCACAAAUAUACCCGUGGAUGAAGCGAGUUCACCUAGGUCAAAGUGAGUACUUUAAAAUAUUCUUAAUUCAAUUUAUCACAAUAACGAUGUAA